AUGGAGUAGAGUUCAAUAGAAAGCGAAGAUGUGAGUUAUAGUGUGUUGAUUUUAUCUAGGAGUUCGUCUAGAGACAUAAGAAAAAUUAGAUGAUUCUUCAGUAGGUGAAAGAAAUAUGGAAGGAGUCUGAUUUGUCAAAGGAUGAUGGAAUUAUGCAGAUAUUAAAUGAUUUCAAAGAGGAAAUUUUAGAUGAUUUGGAAGAUGAAUAUGAACCAGAGUAUAAAGCAAUAUAAGUUUAAGAAAAUAUAAAUAUAGAUUUAGUUCCUAUGAAUGAGGUUUAAAAAGCCCUCAUAUAUGAAGACAAGUAUUUAAAAUAUCAUAAUUAGGUAUCCCUUUUUAAAAAUAAGAAAGCGAAUCUUAAUAUAAUUAAAGAAGAUUUCAAUGUUAGCAAUGUAAUUCACUAAACAUCCUAUAUUUGAGUUUUUAACUUUAUUAGUCAUAAUAUUUAACUCUAUUAUGCUUGCUUUAGAUGAUCCGACUACAAAUAAUUAGACUUAAUUUUAAGAUCUAAUGGAUAUUAUCUUUUUGGCAGUUUAUACAUUUGAGGCAGUUUUAAAAAUUAUAGCAAUGGGUUUUGUUUUAAAUAAUAAUGCCUAUCUUCGUGAUUUGUGGAAUAUCUUGGAUUUGACAGUAAUUAUAACAGCAUACAUCCCAUAUUUUGUGAAUAAUUCUGGUUUAUAAUUGAGUGCAUUAAGAUCAUUGAGAGUUUUAAGACCAUUAAGAACAAUAUCUUCUGUAAAAUCUUUAAGAAGUAUAAUGAUGACAUUAUUUGCAUCAUUUGCUGAAUUAGGUAAUUCUUUAAUAAUAUUGGGAUUCACUUAUACAAUAUUUGCAAUAGCUGGAUUGCAACUCUUUUCUGGAUAUGCAAAAUUAAGAUGUUUUGAUGAAAAUGGUAUUAUUUAAAUGUCUGGUUAUGAUACAGAUGAACCAUAUUGUAAUGGAUCUUGUCCUGAUAAUUACAUUUGUGGUAAAAUGAUUGAUAAUCCAAUUAAUGGACUUUUAUCAUUUGAUGAUUUUGGUUUGGCAUUUUUAUAAGUAUUUAUCAUUACAACACUUGAAGGAUGGACUACUAUAAUGUAAACUAUAAUGACUACAUUUUCAUAAUUUUCAGUCUUUUAUUUUUUACUUUGUGUUAUUAUAGGAGCAUUCUUUUUAGUUAAUUUGACAUUAGCUAUUAUUAAAAUUAAUUUUUCUAAGGCUGAAUCUUAAGAACCAAUAAAACCAGAUUAAGUAAGUUAUAAUCUAAAAUAAAUGAAACGUUUAGGAAUUUAUAAAUUUAUUAGAGAUACUCAUAUACCUAGUAUAACUCGUAAACAUACUAUGAGAAUGACUAAAUUAAGAUAAUCAAUUAAUAAUCAAAACAAUAUUAAUGUUAAUAAUGCUAAUAAAUAAAUAGAUGAACCUAAAAGAAGUUCAAUAAAGGUCAAUUUCUAACCAUUAAAUAUUAAAGAUUUUAGUAAACCUCAUUAGGUUAAAUAUAAUAAUAAUAGAAUAUUACUUUAAGGAAUUUAAGGAGUAAGAACAGAAUAACCAAUAAGUAAAUAUUAAGAAAUUAAUAAUCCAUAAGUAGUUAUGAAAACUAGUGUAUAAUCUGUGAAUGCUCCUUAAAUUAGGAAACUAAGUAAAAUUGGUACAUAAUUUAAACAAUCCUAAAGAAAAAUGUCUAUAACUCAUUAAGAAGAAAGUCCUUUAGAUGAAUUAGAUAAUCUAUUAAAAUUUGCUGUUCGUAGAUAAUCAGUAUUGAGAGUAGAUACAAAAAUAAUGGCAUCUCCAAGAAUACCAACUCCUUCUAAAGAAACACCAUAACCUGUUAGUAGUAAUUCUAUGUUAGAUGAAUCAUAAUCUCCUGGAAAACCUCAUUAAUCCAAUUAUUUGGGAGUACCUAAAUAAUAAUUCAAUUUUUUAUAAGAUUAAAAAUCUUUCAAUGAAAAUGAUGUAUUAAGUGUAACUCUAUCAGAAAUUGAUUCUAUAUCUGAUAAUGAAUUAAAUCAAAGAUUUAAAGAAUUUGAAAUAUCAUUCUAAAUAGAAAAAUCUGAUGAUAAAACAGCAAAUGAAACUGAAGAUCGUAAACCAAUUUAACAUAUUCAUUAAAAGAAAAGAAAAUAAGAUGUUCCAUUAACAUAUGAAUUAAGCAAAGAGGAUGAAAAAUUAAAAAUUAGAUUAUUUUAAACUAAAUUAGUUCCAAGAGUUGUAUAUAAAGAUUUUUAUUCUGAAUCAAGUAAAGAUAUACUUGUAAGUUUGGAAAUUAAAAAGUAAAAGAGAGAUUAAGAAAUAAGAAAUUAAAGAAUAUAAAAUAUGAAAUUUAAUAUGAAAUAUUAAUUUUCAAAUAAUUCAACUAGAUUAUCAUUAUCAAAAACAUAAUAAUAAUAAUAAUCCAAAAGUUCAUUAGGUUCAAAUGAUCAAAAACUCAAAGAAACUACUAUAAAAUCUAGAAAAAUUAUUCCUUUGACUGAAAUACCAUCAGUAUAAGAAAUUACUACUCCAAAAUUAACUGUUAGAAAAUAAUAAAAACGUAAAACUAUUGUACAUAAGGCAAUAACUUAUGAAUAAUAUUAAUAAGGUUUUAGCAAUAUUUAGGAAAUAGAUUCUAAUUUUACUGAAAAAUUAGAACAAGUUGAAACAUAAUAGAUCACUUUUAAAACUCCAAAUGAGAUAUAGUUUUAUACAUAAGUUGGAUUUUAAUCAUAUCAUCAAAUAAAAAAUGAUGACAUUAAUCUUAGUAAUGGAAAUCUAGUUGGUUAAUCUUCAAUUGAAGAUGUAAUUAUUAUUAGAGGUAGUUUAUAAUAAAGGUUUAAUUUAAUUUUAUAGGGAAUGAAUUUUUCAAAAUCAGAUUAUAUGAUAUAUAUGACUAAAGAUAUGUUAAAAAUGUUAUAAUUCAAAUUAUUUUUAAUUGUUGAUUCAAGAUAUUUUAAUAUGUGUUUAAAUUUAGCAGUAUUUAUGAAUACAGUAAUUCUAUGUUUAGAUGGUUUAGUCAAUAAUUCAGAAGAUUUGAAUAGUUUUAAUUUAGCAUUUACUAUUCUAUUCACAAUUGAAAUGGGAUUGAAAAUUAUUGGAUAUGGUAUAAUCUAAUACAUUAGAGAUCCAAUGAAUAUAUUUGAUUCAAUAAUUGUUGCCCUUAGUUUAGUUGAUAUAUUUUUUUUAUCUGGUAGUUCAGUAUUCAAAUCAGUAAGAAUAUUUAGAGCCUUUAGAGUAUUAAGAGUAACAAAAUUAAUGAGGUAAUUAUUAUUUUCUAUAUAUAAUAUAGAUCCCUUAAAUUUAUGAAUUUUUUAGUAUAAGUAUUGAGUAAUGCAUUCCAAUCUUUAAUGUACAUUUUUCUCUUACUUAUAUUAUUUAUAUACAUAUUUACAUUAUUAGGAAUGUCUUUCUUUGGUGGUUAAUUGACUAAUACACCUAGUAGAUAAAGUUAUGAUACAUUUUAUGAAUCAUUUUUAGUAGUAUUUUAAGUAUUAACACUUGAGAAUUGGAAUAGUAUUCUUUAUGAAUUACUUUAAUAACCAGUAUCUUGGAUAAUCACAAUGAUUUAUUUAAUAGCUUGGAUCUUUAUAGGAAGUUAUGUUUUAUUGAAUUUAUUUUUGGCUAGUUUAUUGGAUCAAUUUGAGGCAGAAUAUUUAAGAGAACAUAAUUUAGAAAAUAAUAAUUAAGAAGGAGAAUAAAUUUAAUAAUAAUAGAUUUAAUAGACAUAAACGAUGAAUUAAACUGUAGUUAAUAUGUCUGUUAAUUAAUCUUUAAAUCCUAUAUUAGCUAAAUAAUUGUUAUCUAGAUAAGAUUCAUUAAAUAAAUUUAUAUAUUUUUCAGAACCAGGUUUGUGUUUUUAUUCUUUGAAUAUUUUUAGUCAAAAUAAUCCUAUAAGAAGAUUAUGUUAUAAAAUAGUUAAAAAUAGUUUAUUUGAUUAAAUAAUUUUAUUUGCUAUAUUUUUGAGUUCAUUAAAAUUAGUAAUAGAUACAUAUUUGAGUAAUUUUUUAGAUUGGGCUGAUUGGUUUUUUGCAAUCUUUUUUGGAGUAGAAUUCUUAUUUAAAAUAAUUGCAUAUGGAUUUGUAAUGGAAGAAAAUGCAUAUUUAAGAGAAAGUUGGAAUAUUCUUGAUUUCAUUAUAGUAGUGUGCUCUUUCAUUGAUAUAUCAGUAGCAUCAAUUGAUUUAAGUUUUGUUAAGAUUUUAAGAUUAUUAAGAACAUUAAGACCAUUAAGAUUAAUAUCUUAAAAUAAAUCAAUGAAGUUAUUAGUAACUACAUUAAUUAAUUCAAUUUCAGGUAUUGUAAAUGUAGGAGUAGUUGUUAUAUUAGUUUUUUUGAUGUUUGCAAUAUUGGGUGUAAAUUUAGAGAAAGGCAAAAUGUAUUAUUGUGAUAUAGGCAAUGAUGAAUAAUCUUAUUUACAUUAAAUAGAUUGUAUUAAAGAAGGAUAUGAAUGGAAAAAUAGAGAUAUGAAUUUUGAUAAUGUAUUUUGGGCAAUGCUUACUCUCUUUAUUGUAUCAACAUAAGAAGGUUGGCCUACUUAAAUGUAUUGGUUUGUUGAUGCUGAUGAAAGUGGACCUAUAAAAAAUAAUUAAAUGUGGUUUACUAGUUACUUUUUAAUAUUCUUAUUAAUUGGAUCAAUUUUAUUAAUGAAUAUGUUUGUUGGUGUUAUUUUAGUAAAUUAUAAAUUGGCAGAAGAUGAAAUGAAAGAUAAAAAUGUAUCAAGAGAUUAGGAAGAUUGGAUAAGUAUAUAAAAAUUAAUAGUUGAUUCUAAUCCUAAUUUUGCUUUAUAUUAUCCUCCAAAAAAUUAAUAUAGAGCAAUGAUUUUUAAAAUUAUAUCAAAUAAAAUAUUUGAUUUCUUUAUCAUGUUUUGUAUUAUUUUAAAUAUUGCUGCAAUGGCAUCAAAUUAUGAAGGUAAUCUAUAUAUAAUUAAAUAAAAUAGGAUCUAGUGUUUAAUAUUAAUAUAUAUUAGAAACAUUAAAUUUAGUAUUAAGUGUAAUUUUUAUAUUUGAAUCUGUAUUAAAGAUUAUAGGAUUUGGACCUAGAGGAUAUUUUAGAAAUAAUUGGAAUUAAUUUGAUUUCUUUGUAGUACUAUCCUCAAUUCUUGAUAUGAUUCUAAGUUUUACUGAUAAUAAGAAUAAUCCUAUUCUAUCUGCAGGACCAUAACUCAUUAGAGUAUUUAGAGUUUUAAGAGUUACUAGAUUAUUUAGAUUAGUUAAAUCUUUACAUAGUCUUAAAAAAUUGAUUGAUACAGCAUUAUUCUCUUUACCUGCAUUAUUUAAUGUAUCUGCAUUAAUGUUUUUACUUUAUUUCAUAUUCUCUGUUUUAGGAGUAUUCCUAUUCAGUAAUCUUAGGUAUCAUCAUUUAAUAUAUUAUUUUUAGUGAUGGUUAUAUUAUUAAUAGUGAAAAUAAUUUCAAUGAUUUUCAUCAUGCUUUAAUACUAUUAUUUAGAUGUACUACAGGUGAAGAUUGGUAUUUAUUAAUGUAUGAUAUAAUGAAUAAAGCUGGUUAUUAUUAUUGUUCUUAUUUUAUUAUAUUUGUAGUGAUAAUGUAAAGAAUUAUGCUUAAUUUAUUUGUACUUAUUAUUUUGGAUUAAUAUGAAAGAUUUUAUUUUAAUUCUGAUAAUCCUUUGUAAAGAUUUUAAGAAUUUGAAGAUGAUUUUGUAGAUGGAUGGGCACCUUUGGCAUCAGAAACAAAAGGUUAAUAAAUUCAUUAAGAUUUAUUAAUAUAAUUAAUGUUAUAAAUAAAGGCACCCAUGGGUUAUGAUUUAAAAGAGAAAAUCAAUACAGCUGUUAAUGAUUGGAAAACUUACAAUUCUGAUGCUGAAAAAUCUUCAUAAAAUUUAGAAAAAAUAAAAAUUAUGGUUACAACAGAAGCCAAGAAAACAGUUGCAAAAACAAUAAUGAAUAUGUAAAUAGAGUCUGAUGAAAAUUAAAUGUUAGAAUAUCAUUAUGUUUUAUUUGCUUUUAUGAAGAAUUUCUAAACUGAUUUAUUCAAAGAAGUUACUCAAGCAGGAUUGCAUAAAUUGAUUUAAAAAGAAGAAUAGACUUUAAAUAAAAUAAAGAAAAAUAGACGUAGUUCUUAAGAAGUAAAUCCUUGUGUUGAAUUAUUGUUUCAUAUUAUGUGUUUUAGAGCAUAUAAAAGAUAUGCAGUAAAAUUAAAGGAGAGAAUGAAUAGACAACAAAAUGAAUUCAGUCAAAAGAGUUCUGAUUCUUCAUAUCUCCAUAAAAGCUCAGAUAUUGUAUAGAGAGACAGUAUAAGUCAAUCAUUAGAAUCAAUCUAAGAAUCUAAAUAAUAAUUUUGCUUACCUCCUGAUUUAACUGUUUAUUAAAGUGAUGUGAAUAUUGCAAUCAAAGAUAAUAGUCAAAAUACUAAAAAUAGAGGAUCAGUCUAAUAACUUGUAGAAUAAAAAUUAGAAAAUAUUAGUGAAUUUAAUAGUGAAUAAAGCAUUAGCUUUAAUAAAUUAAAUGAUGUAUCAAAUUGA